ACAGUCAGUUACAAAGGGUGUGUUCCAAAAUUGAUUGUCAGCGCUGGCAGCACUGCAAAUGCCGUUCCGUUUUUAUACGCCUUAUUAGAAAAAGCAAAAAGAAAGAAGCAAAAAGAAAAUCGUAUGGAAGUAAAUCUAAAAAAAAGAGUUAUAUCAGAAUCAGAAAAUACAGACACGGACGUAGUUGCUAAUGUAAACGACCCAAGCUGUAGUGAAAACGAUUCAACUUUCGAGUUAAAAGAUCAACAUAUAUGGACCCGUCCAGAAACAAUGCUGCUUAUAAAUAUAUAUAAAGAACAUAUGGCAGAUUUCAAUAAUCCUAAAAUUUCAACAAAACGAUGCUGGAGCAUGUUAUCCAAAAAAAUGGAACAUGCAGGAUAUCAAAUAUCUCCUACAAAAUGCGCAACAAAAUUUCAAAGUCUAAAAAGGUCAUAUAAGUCCGUUACAGAUCACAAUAAGAAAUCUGGAAAUAGUAGAAAGCAGUGGGAAUAUUAUGAGAUCAUGCACGAGAUAUUUGGUACAAAACCAUGGAUUGAACCACAAGCAAUAGCUGGGUCUAAUGUUGCUAUUACAAAAACUGAUAUAGAAAAUAAUUCAGAAAGUCCAGAAGCGCCAAAGAAACGAAAAAUUAAUCACGUAGUAGAAAAACUUAAUGACAAAGAUGCUUGA